AUGGCUACGGAGCAUAACCCUGACUACGUUAUGACGGAGGGUCAGAUCCCUGUCGGCGACGAUACCCUCGAUGACCUUGGGGAAGAAUUCCUCGAGGAUCUCUCUGACGGCGCUCUGCCCGUGCUCAAUGAUGAGGUCGCGCACUCUGCUCCUGUCGGUACGCAACCGUCCCCGUCGGGCGAACCGGCUGCGAAAAAGCUAUGUGGUGAGGGGCAGUCCUCGGCUGCUGGCCCUUCUGGGGUCGCUUCCGCAUCAACCUCGGCUCCCCUGCCGAUCCCCCGUGCGAGCUCUUCCGGUAGCUCCGACGCCACGGCUCCUGCGCUUGGCCGCGCGCAUGCUCCUUCUGCGCCUCGUUCGGCGCCUGCUUCUCGCUCCCGGCCCGUGCAGCCGGAACCUGAACCCGAGCACGCUGCUGCUGGCGUGGCCAAUGGCCUCGCUCCUAACAUUCGCUUUCGGAACCUGCGUCGCCACCGUACGACGGUCGGCACAGUCCUGCACACGCUGACGCGGAACACGCAGUCCUUGGUGGAUGUUAUCUUCCCUGAGUCUUCCGCCGAGGAGGUUCGUGCUGCGGUGCUUGCGCGCAUCUCGGCUCUCAUCAACGGUCAGGCCUUUAAUGGCAUAAUCCCCUCGUAUGAGUCGGCCGCUGGUGAGGCUCUGCGGCUUCCCCGCCGUACCUACUCCAGGCACUCCUAUUCCUGGCUGUCUGCUAACGAUGCAAGGAUUUUCCGCUCCUUGUUUCCGGUUUCUGUUCGUCUUGCUAACAAUCGCGCGAUGGAAGUGAAAGUGUUCUCUGAUCCUAACCUGGAGUUCACGAUGGCCCGAGCCAGGGGCGACACUCACAUGGUCCUCCGCAACGUGCCGCUGGGAUACUCUCCUGAACGCCUGCGCAGCACUCUUCUGGCUGGCGUGACUGACGCUGGGCAGCCUUGUCUGUCGGAUAUCUGCCUGUUUCAUCGCCUCAAAGACCCGUACGAUGACUCCGCGUACUCCCAGCUGCUCGGUCUGCCAGUGGCAGCAGAAGGUGAUGUCAGCUUCGAGCGCAUCCCCGCGAUUCUCUGGCUUCCGGGCCAGGAGGACCCGGUGCUCCUCAACAUCUCGUCCCACUCUUGCUCCGUGUGUUCCAGUAACCACCGUGUGUCUGACCAUGCCUGCUUCGCCCUCACCCGUCGGGCAUGUCUCCCCAACCGUCACACCAUUUCGGUGUCUCAGCUGCAAUCUGUCAACAGUACACCUCUCUUCUGGGUGCUCCUAUUGCUUACCGCCCUUUUGCUUCCUGCCUUUUUAUUCUGUGACUUUCCGGCUUAUCAUAUUGCAGCGGUGUUCUCUUUCAGUUCCACUGCUUCCUGUCACAACGAUCCUUUCCCCUCUCCCUCGCUGAUCACCUGCAAGGCCUUGAUUCUUCCCUCUCUCCGCGCACUGGCACCCUCUGUUGUUUCUCGCAGGACGGCUGAUUGGACAGCAGCCUGCCCCAGCAGCUUUUAA